AUCGUCGUACACAACCCCCCGAAUUGCAAGGGGGUUUGUCAAAGGUGGUGGAUAGUGUUCACGUCUUAACAUGCUGUGAUAUUUCUGUUAAAUUCUGCCAAUAUGUCCGAUCUUUUUAAGUCAGCGAUCGGCUAUUUCAGUAACAACAGUACUGGUGUUCCAGACAACGACUUUGUAGGCCAGGAAGUAGAAAUAGGAAAUGUCAAACUUCGUGUUAAAAGAGUGAUAGCUGAAGGUGGGUUUGCUUUUGUUUUUGUCGCUCAGGACCCCAUCAGUGGCAAAGAAUAUGCUCUCAAGCGACUCAUGGCUGCUGAUGAAGAGGCAAACAAAAAUAUUAUUCAAGAGAUUAAUAUUUUGAAGAAAUUAUCAGGACAUCCCAACAUUUUACAGUAUCUAUCUGCCUCCUUUAUUGACAAAGAUAAAACUAGCCAUGGUAUGAAAGAAUAUUUACUUGUCACUGAGUUGUGUGUGGGAGGCAGCUUAGUUGAUGUUUUGAGAGCUCGAUCGAAACCUCUUGCUCCAGAUCUUGUCUGUCAAAUAUUUUAUCAAACCUGCCGUGCUGUUCAACACAUGCAUAGUCAAGAGCCACCCAUCACGCAUCGAGAUCUGAAGAUUGAAAAUUUGUUGCUUAGUGCUGACGGAGUUGUGAAACUUUGUGAUUUUGGAAGUGCAACAGCUCAAAUAUGGUGUGUUGAUGCAUCCUGGUCUGCUGCACAAAGAUCUCUCCUUGAAGAUGAGAUGGGACGUUUUACCACUCCAAUGUACCGUGCCCCUGAAAUGCUUGACACCUGGAGUAACUACCAGAUUGGACCAGCAAGUGAUGUCUGGGCAUUAGGUUGCAUUUUAUACAUGCUAUGCUUUAUGAAACAUCCCUUUGAAGAUUCUGCUAAACUAAGAAUAAUAAAUGCUAAUUUUGUGAUCCCUGGAGAGACAACGUAUCAGGACUUUCAUCCCAUAAUUAGAUCUUGUUUGAAGGUUAAUCCAGUUGAAAGAUCAAGUGUCGCUGAUGUGCUGGGCCAAAUAGCAGCAAUCGCCGAAACUAGAGGAUUUAACUUGAAAGAGCCACUAAAUUUAGAAGGCAAAAGGUUGGAUGCUGCUUCAGUAGCCCAAUAUCAACAGCAGUCAUUGCUGUCAGCCUCUCAAUCAGUUUCUCCAUCUGCUCCACCUCGCUCAUCAUCAGCUAAUGCAGCUCCGCCACAGAAGCCCCUACCCCCUAGACCAGCUGGCUCUCCAGCUAGACAACCAUCUCCAACCUUCCAGCAUCAAACUCCACCGAACCAGAGAUAUUCUGGCCCUCAGGUGGGGGAAGUAGCAGUUCCAGCCCCCAGUGGCUGGAGGGUAUUCAGUAAUAUGACUCCUGGCAGUGGUGGUGGUGGUGGUUUAUUUUCUUCAAUAAAGGGUGGUGCUGGCAGUUUCCUGAAGAAUCUCAAAGAUACUUCGAGCAAAGUCAUCAAUACAGUUCAGCAAAGUAUAGCAAGGACUGACCUAGAUCUUAGCUAUAUCACUUCUCGUCUCUUGGUGAUGCCUUAUCCAGCAGAAGGCUUAGAAACUGCAUACCGGACUAAUAAUGCUGAAGAUAUACGGGCAUUGCUGGAAGCAAGGCAUAUGGGGCGGUACUGUAUUUAUAAUGUUUCUGGUCGCAGCUACCCUCCAGGAAGAUUAGGCUCUGGUAGAGUUAUAGAUUGCUGUUGGCCUGGGAGCCCCUUACACAGAACUCCAUCACUUUCUGCUAUUUACAAAAUUUGUUGUGACAUGCAAAUAUUUUUGGAAACAGAUCCCAAAAAUGUGUGUGUGGUGCACUGUACAGAUGGAAAGGCCAAUUCAGCCCUUUUGAUUUGUGCAUUUCUGAUAUUUGUUGAUUUAUUUGAUAAGCCUGAGGAUGCUGCCCAAUUAUUUGCUGUGAAACGUAUGCCUCCAAAUCUUAAACCUUCCCACAUGAGGUAUCUUCAUUACUUUGCAUCAGUCCUGAAAUUAGACCAAUCCAAUGGCUUGCCGCAAAUACCACACAACAAACCCAUCACACUAACAAGUGUCACUCUCCAACCUGUUCCUCUGUUCACCAAAGUUCGGGAUGGAUGUCGUCCUUUUAUUGAAGUCCACCAGGGAGAUGAGAAAGUUUUAUCAACAAUUCAAGAUUAUGAACGAAUGCGCUUGUUUAAUGUAACAGAAGGGAGAGUCACAAUACCGGUUAAUAUCAAGCUAGUUGGUGACAUUACAAUUGUUGCUUACCAUGCUCGCAACAUGCUGGGAGGUGUGAUGUCUCAAGGCAAGCCAACUGGUAUAAAAAUUGGGCAGAUCCAGCUCAAUUCAGGAUUUUUGCAAGAAAAUGAAACCAACUUGGUGUUUAAUAGAACUGCCUUAGAUGAUAUGGCUGACCCAGAGCAUUACCAAGAUAAAUUUGAAAUCAUUCUUCAAAUUCACGUUGAAGGUGUCCAAGAACAACAAACACAGCGCCCUUUGUGGGAGUCUCAUUCAUCACAGAAUAUAUCUGUUGACCUUCUCUUUUCGUCUCGCAUUGAACGUGAUGAAUGCUUUGACAGCUUUGUAAGUCGGCCAGCCACUGCCCCAAGAAAUCAAAAUAACACUCCACCUCCAAGACCCUCUACGAGGCCUCCCCCACCCAAGCCUCCACCACCACACUUGCCAGAUAGAGAAGUGAGAGACUAUAGUGAUGCUGAGCCUCAGCCACCACCUUUAGAGAAAAUUGGGAGUCAAGUGGAACAAGAAGCUGACCUGCUGAAUCUGGGGGGUGCAACAUGUACUGAUAAGACCACAACACAAAAAGCCCAAGGAGUUGACCUGCUAAACAUUGCUGAGGGUAACAGUGAUGCCAGUAAUGUAGAUUUAUUGGGUGGAUUUGUUGGUGCAUCAGCUAAUGUCACUGGAACGCCAUCCAAUCAAUCUAGAGGUUUUCUUGAUGAUUUACUGGAAACUUCAAUGUCAACUCCGCCACAGCAACCUCUGCAGACUGCUCAAACCCCUCAGAAGCAAACUGAGCCAGAUAUCAUGCUUGAUCCUUUUGGGACUAGUUCUCAAAGCUACAUUGGCCUUAGUAAUGGUAUGGCCAACACCCCUAUGGGUGCAGGGAUGGCUGGAGUGAAUGGUAACUUCAUCAAGCCUCAACAACACAACUCACCCCUGCUCAGUCCCGCAGGAUCUAUGCCACGUAAUUCAAGCACACCAAAUCUUGACAGUAACAAGAAAGAUCCAUUUGCUGAUAUUGGAAACUUAGGUUCUUCAUUGGGCGCUGGUAACAGUAACUCUGAAAGUGGUUGGGGAGCAGGUGGGUCUAAACCUACAUCACCAAUGAAUGGGAGCCCUCAGCACCGAUCUACCAACUGGAAUCCUUCUCAAGGUGCCACAAGUCCUAUGCCUGGAGUAACUCCCACUGGCACACCAGUUCAUCAAAUGAAAUCUCCUAUGGAUGGCCCCAGCAGACCUGAUUACAGCCGUUCCCAUUUUGACACUGCAUUUAAACCUUCUGAUCCUGCAAAAGGGAAGACCAAAGGUUCUGCUGAUGUGUUUGGUGAUCUUCUUGGAAGUCAAGGAUACGAGUUCAGUGCAAAAAGGGAUGCUGGUCCUCGCACAAUUAAUGAAAUGCGUAAGGAGGAGUUAGUGAGAGAAAUGGAUCCUGAUAAACUUAAGAUUAUGGAGUGGCAAGAAGGCAAGAAAAAUAAUAUUCGAGCUCUUCUGUGUUCAAUGCACAUGGUUCUUUGGGACAAUGCUAAAUGGAACAAAGUUGAAAUGCACCAGCUGGUUUCAGCUACUGAUGUCAAAAAGGCAUAUCGAAAGGCAUGUCUUGCUGUGCAUCCUGAUAAGCAAAUGGGCACUCCAAAUGAAAAUAUGGCAAAACUGGUAUUUAUGGAACUAAACAAUGCUUGGUCAGAUUUUGAAAAUGAUUCCAGUCAACAAAAUAUGUUUGGCUGAAAUAUGUUGGAUAACGCCCCUUAUUUCUUGUCAUGCCUCCAAAGUGCAGUUUCUAAUAGAGAGGCUUAAUACAUAUUAUUGCUCUGAAUGGAAUGUGGGAUACCCCACUACAUCAGUUGUAUGUACGUAUACUUGCUUUCAAGAAUGCCCCUUUCGUUUUUGUUGUUUUUGUUGCUCUUUCUGUUCAGUUGAAGGUGUGGGACGACAACUUUCCCUCCCUUCUGCGAUCUGUAAACAGUAUAUCUUUAUGAAACUUCGUACUAAAUAUUAAACAUAGCAGUUGCUGUUCCUUGGGUAUGUCUUGCUCUCUUCCUGGUAGUGUUUGAAAAGUGUACAGAUCAUACAGGAGCAAUGAUUUUCAGCUGCUAAUUUUUUUAAGUUGAUCUCAAUGCACUUGUUAUCAUAUUAUUGUGAACAAUAAAAGAUUUCUUGUAAGACCUUUCAGAAGACAAAUGUGAAGCUUUUCAUUUUCUUGUAAUCAUUAUUAUUUUUGUUAAACUUACAGUGUGUUACUGGAUGAGGCAUUAAGUAGAUACUACUCCACCCUUCAUAUAUUUACUGUAUGUAAACCUUAAAAUGUUGCAAUAAUAUUGGUCGCAGUGUGUGUGCGUGUGUGUGUUUAUGGUUAAUUGAAUGUUUGUAUGUAUGUAUAUAUAUAUGUGUGUGUGUGUGUGUCGAUUGGGUGCAUGUUUAUCUGUCAGUAUAUGAUGAGUGUUGUUCUGUUGAAUAGUAUGUAUUCUAGAAAAUAUUUAUGGAGCUCCUAUCAUUUAUAGUUUGUUUGUAGCUCUUAAUUUAGACUUUGAGAAAGGGUCAUUGUUUAAAAAUCAGCUAUAUUAUGAAAUUUUAUUGUAUUUUUAUGAAAAUUAUGGAAUGUUAAAUUUUUAUGCUACAAAGUUCACAAUUAUAUGUAUUACAUUCCAUGGAAAGUGCUUUUGUGAUCAGUAAUGCUAACACGCAUAUGAGCUUGCAGUCAGGACUAGAAAAUGAAACAACAAAACAUCCUCUUGUCAAACCUGAUGCCUUGUUUGGCUUUAGUCACAUACCCUCAUAAAUUUCGGUUUCUGGUUCAUAUUAUGACAUUACUUUUGGUUUGUUAAGUGUAUAUUGGUAAACAAUAUAAUUUAUUUUACUGUUUUAUUAGUGAUUGCACCUUUCCCUUAAAGUUCCCAUGUGAUUUUUUUCAUUACCAGAGAGUAUGUCUGAGAAAUCUACACCUCAAACAUAGUCUUUCCAGAUCUUACUUAUGAUAUUAUCUAUUGCCUAGUUAAAAGAAAGAAUACCCAUUUCAUUCCUCACCUUUUUCCUUGCAUCUGAAGUGAUUUUGAGUUUUCCCUUGUGAUGCUCUGUGAUGCUUUGCUUAGCCAAGCUGUUUCUUUACUUGUUGGUAGGAAAGCAUUUUGUAUUAAAUGUAGGUUACAGUUGACACAAGUUACUGUGUCACUGAAACUACUGUGGCUUGAUAUUUUCCCACUAAGUUGGUAACUGUUUUCAACAGAUUUAAAAUUAUCUUGUCCUUUCAUUUUCUACUUUUCAGCUAGUUAAAUGCCUUACUAUUAUUUUUGAUUUCUCUUGUUUCUUAUACUUCUCUUGUCUUACACCAAAAGCUACAUGGCCGAAAUUGUAGACUAAGUACUGCAAUUGUGUGACAUUAAAACUUUGAACUCUAACCGUUUUGGGCCUUCAACAUUUCCCUUUUAAUCAUUUUCCAGAAUGAAGUGUUGAUUGUUUAGUCUCUUGGUAGCCGCUACCUCUCAAAUUUAGAAAACAUUUAAUGAAAUGUAAUUACUUUGGGCUUUCUUACCUUUUUUUUUUUCAUAACAAAUAUUCUUAAUCUCUUUGAAUGCAUGUGCAGUGGACUGCAUUUGGACAUAAUUCAAAAUUUUAUUGAGAACUGUUUCUUGGAAACAUGAUUGUAGAAUACCAGGUUAUUUGAUAUUUAUAUGUCUGGCGAUCUUUAUUAUGACAGCUAAUUUGUAAUAGUAUUUAUUGUACCUACAGUAAUUUAAGGAAGUUACUAUGAAUAUAAUCAGAAAUUUCUCUGUUCCAUUCCAGAAACCCUUUUCAACAGAGAAAACGUCGGUGUAUGCUUGCUUGACUACCCUCUCUGGUCGUAAGCAGCCAUGGCUCCUUUUUGUAGGCAAUCACACAUGCAUUGACGUCUUCUGUGUUGAUCAGAACACAUUGAUUGCCUGAUUCUGCUUUUUCACCCUUUAUUCUUAACUUCAGUGGCACACUCUAAACCCCCAAAGCAAACAAAUUUUUACUUAGGUGAAGGUUUAUGUCACAUUAAUAUAUUCAGUCUAAUAUCUAGAGAAAUAAAUUUAUUCAUUGUGAUAUCAGUUGGUAUAAGUUGCAGUUAGCACCACCAUGAGGAUUGCAAUGUAAUUUAAUUACAAAUAUUUUGUUAUUCCACACCUAGUUGUGGUGUGAGCUUUUCUCAUUGUGUGAAAGUAUAUCUAUUUGUCUGAACAGUUGUAUGCUCUUCAAUGUGAAAGGUGAUGAUUUGUAUGAAUUGGUUAAUGAGGUUUUGUGUUCUGCCCUCUAAACAAGGUCCUGUUUCAGAUUUAUUCUGGAGUAGUUGUUGCAGUAAUCUGUAUGUUGCAAGGGCUUGCAGCACAGUUGCUUAUAUAUUACUGUAAAAAACAAUUUGGGUGCUGGAAUGCGUUAAAUUAUGGCAAAUCAACUGUAGUAGAACACAAAAUUUAAUUUAUCUCACAUGAAACUAGAAAAAAAAAACGGCAAUUCUAUUUUCUUGGCUGUAAAAAUAGAUUGUAUGGAGUGUACAAAAGUACAAUAAAUAAAUAUACUGAGUUGAA